ACUCGACUUAUGAGAACAUUCUAGUCGGUCUUAAUCCGGUCGGAUCGACCUACAAAUGUUCUCUGUCGGUGUUGGUUACAGGGGCAUUCUCCACUUUAGCAUAUUAUUAAAUAUAUGAGUAUACUGCAGUGCUCCAGGGAGCUGGGGGCCAGUGGGAUGUAACAUGCUCCGCCCCCUCCGAAUCCUCAACGUAUUACAUCACCGUAAUGACGUGGGAGACGGCUGACGGACGGGAGUUGAGCAGGUCUCCCAACUCGAACUCCAUUCUAUACUCAGCUCCAGUUGAGGCCACUCUGGAAAUGAUCUGUUACGCAUACACUGUCCAUACGAGCGUGCAGUUCCUGCAGUUCUUCGUACUUAUAGCACAAGGUACUGUUAUAGGGUUCUCAUCGACAACAUACGCUGGAACUGAGACAAGUGGAAUUGUCUCUGUGUGUGUCGAGGUUUUCAACCCUUCUUCUGGUGGGGCUACCGAGAAAUUCGAUGUGACUUUGCUCUCCGCAGAAGAACUUUCCGACGGAGAGCAGAAGGUCCAAUGUAGCACGUUUGAAUUUGAGCGAGGAAUGUCUGCCAAGUGUCAUGAGUGUGGCAUCAUUGAUGAUGACGUGUGUAGUGCGAAGGAGAACGUUACUGAGUAUGAACUGAUCCUCAGUGUACCACCAGGUGAUAGACUGGGUGUCGAUUCAUCACGAACUACGACUAAUAUCACCAUUGAUGACAGCAGAGAGACAGAAUGUUACGUGAGGGUUGGCUACGAGAGCUCGAGCUAUACCAUAUCAGAACCGAGUGGUAGAGAAGAGAUUUGUGUCACUAGCCGGUCUCCGGGAAUCGAUGAAAUGUUCACCAUCAAUAUUGCCACCCACACCUCACCCAAUUCAGUGGAUCUCUUCCAGCAGACUACAGAUAGUCUUACUUUUGAUGGCACAUCUCAUACACAGUGCUACGAGGUCACCUUUAACUUUGACGUGGAAAACAUAUGCGAGCACUUUGACUGCAGAGGAAUACAACUGGAGUCAACACUGACCACAGCUGAUGAAAGUGCUCGUGUUCAUAUCAAUACAUCAACUGCUGUUGUGAUUAUUAAACUACCAGAGAACUGCACAUGUACCAAUGAACCACACACCCUCUCUAACUCUAAUGACAACAAUUUCAAAACCGUAACGGCUAUCAUUUCUUCACUGGUGGUUGUGAUAGUUAUUCUGGCUGUCGUGGUGCUUGGUAUGCUCUGCUACAGAAAGAGCAAGAAGAAAGAUCGUUUUCUCCCUCGUGAUUAUCAACGAGCUGCUGUUGAGGGCGUCUCAUUUGCCAAAAACAGUAUCGAUCCCCGGCAUAAAGCUGAGGUUGUGGCUGCAGAAAAACCCAGUAUCACACAAGAGCCUGAAAAUGAAAGGUCCUCUUUCCUUUCCGCACGACUGAGACGGCAGCUGAAGAAUAAGAGAAUGUUGAUUUCUAAGAACGACAUCGAGCUGUCCAAUGCUAUCGGUCAAGGUCAGUCUGGACUGGUCUACAGGGCGUAUCUGACAACUGCGAGAGGAAAAGAACUGGUUGCAGUCAAAACUGUUAAGGGUGAGAUAACAAUUUUGAACUGCAAAAAAACAGGUUUUCUCUUUCUCAGCACUUUUCUCCAAGAUUGAUACGGUGCAACUGUCAAAGGAGGUGUCCACCAUGUUGUCACUAGAGCACACCAACGUCAUGUCUCUGCGAGGAGUGUGUGUGACUAACCGUCCGCUGCUGAUCAUGCCAUUCAUGACCAAUGGAUCUGUUCUGGAGUUUGUGAAACACCACAAAGAUUCACUCCUUUGCAUUUCAGAGGAAUCAAAGGUCGAUUUAUCCAGGAAGAAGUUGUUGAAAAUUUGUCACCAGAUUUCGAAGGGUAUGGAGUAUCUGGCACUGCAGAGUCUUGUUCAUCGUGACCUGGCAGCAAGGAACUGCAUGAUUGACCAGAGUGGAGUGAUCAAAGUGGCUGAUUUUGGACUCACAGAGGACAUGUAUGGCGCCAACUACUUCCGCAGGGAGAGGAGAGAGGGUGAGGAUGAGGAGAAGGUGCCCAUCAAGUGGAUGGCUCCUGAGAGUCUGGAAGACAACAUCUACAAUGAGGCCACAGACGUGGUUAGCAAUAAGAAUAU